AUGGCGCGGCUUGCCCUCAUGGUCAUCGACAGCGCGUUUCUUGGGCACCUCGGCACGAGUGAGCUCGCGGGCUCGGCGCUCGCGACGCUCUGGACCGAGUUUCCCCUCUUCACCGUCUGGGGAAUGGCCUCGGCCCAAAUAGCGCUUUGUGGCCAAGCGUACGGCACGAAAAACUACGCUCUCAUGGGCAUCUGGCUGCAAAUGACGCUCAUUCUGAUAUCGAUCCUCGCUGUACCGACGACUGUGUAUUUUCUCUACGUCGACGGUAUCUUGCGUCUCACGACCGACGACGCAGUCAUCAUCGAGCUCGGCGCUCGCUUUGCGCAGCUCUUGUCGCCAAGCAUUUGGCCGCUCCUCGCGUACGUCUGUUUGCGUCAGUACCUCCAAGCCAUGGGUGUUGUCUUGCCCACCACUAUCAACGGCAUCGUCUGCAUCGGCAUCGACCCGAUCGCGCUCUUCCUCUAUGCAUUCGUCUACAAGAAGUACCAUCGGGGGGCGUGGGGCGGCUGGAAGCUCUCGGAGCUGACGUGGUCUCGCUGGAAGACGUUCUUCCGCAUGGCGCUGCCUCUGGGCCUCAACGACAGCUGUGACUUGCUCGGCGCCGCGGCGCUCUCGUUUGUCGUUGCCAAGAUGGGCGCUAACGUCAUUGCCACCAACGCGGUCUUGAGCAGCGUCUGGACGAUGGUCAAUGCCAUUUUUAUUGGCAUCGGUUUGGCUGCUGAGGUCGGUCUGGCCGAGCACCUUGGCGAAGGUCGACCGCGCGCCGCCCGCGCCCGUGCAUACCUCGGAUUUGCAGCUCUGGCGUGCGUUGUUGUCAUUGUCGCUUGCGUGCUGUGGUUUGGUCGGCGCAGUGUUGUCGGCAUCUUUACGACUGACGAGCGAAUCGUCGCCCUCUACACAAACGUCCUCUCACUGUAUGUUGCUGCCGCGAGCUUGCGAGCGCUCGAGAUGGGCUUCAUCACGUCGUUUAUGGGCAUGGGUCAAAUGGGCUUUGUCAUGAUCGUGACGAUCGUCGGUCUCUGGGGCGUCCAGCUGCCAUUAGCCUACUACUUUGGCAAUGCGAAAGAUCUGGGGCUUUGGGGCGUGUGGAUCGGGUCCUCGAUCGCCAUUGGCAUCAAGGUUCUCAUCCUAAUGCUUCGGUUUCGUCGGAUCGACUGGCAAAAAAUGGCGGCCGAGGCCAUGGAAAUCUCGGAAGUGCCGGGCGCCAAAAUCUCGAGUACCGACAUUGACGACGACGACCGCAGCAACUUUAUUUACGUGCUCGAGUCGCCCGAGAUGAACUCAAGGAACGAUGACAAACAUUGCUACCACCUCUCUUUAAUCUAG